CUUUCUCAACAUGUCCUAGAUUGCUAGAAUGAAAUGAAAAUUAAUUUAACUCCUAGAUAUUUCUAACAUGAAUUUGAAGAUGUUUAACACUAAAAUACCAAAACAGCAUAGUCAUUCAUAACCCAAAAAAAUUCACCGUGCCUGCAGCAAAUGAUAGCUUACGUUUCCUAAUACAUUCCAGAUCCUAGAUUGAAAAGGUGAAAUGUGUUUAAUUCAUUUGUCGAAUGCAAUCUAAUAUGCAUAUUAGUGAGCUGAUGCAGUGGAGAAAAUGGCAUUCUGCAAAUGAUUUUUUAAAUGAAGUGCGUUAAUUCUAUUCCUGUUUGAUUGUGAAAGAAGGCUGAAUGCAUCUGCACACACUGUUGGUGUGCAAAAAAUCCUCCAAAAAGCUAGCUUUUAAAAAAGUACUUGUGUUCUGAAAGCCUAGUCUGAAGACAGCCACAGUUCUAACCUGUUCUCAGUUUUUAAAAAAAUGUUUAGGAAGUAAAUGAAUCCAAUGCACCAUCACUUUGAAAACGUUAGAGUGGCUGAGUGCAGAGAGGGCGGUCUCUGCAGUGGAGAGAGGGUUAAGAACACCUAGUUGAAAUGGGGGAGGGUAGGGACUUCGGAUUUACUUAAAUAUUCAUGGGGCUUCCUCCAUUUUAAUCUUCUCCUUUUUAAAAGAUGGCUGUGUUUCCCAGUCUGGCAACCCCACAGGAAAGAAGAAUUGCUCCUUCCUUGCAGAGUUCAGCUGAGCAGGACUAAUCUAGAGUGGAAACCCCUUCGGCCACCAGGACUAUUCAUAAUUCAUAAGGGCUGCAAACCAGCCAGCUGAAUACAUUUAGACAGGCUCUUGCUCCUUCGUGCAAUUCCUGAUUUCAUUACUCUCUCUGCCAGGAAAGAAGCAGCCAGCGUAGGCUUCUUGUAAGAAUGGAGUGUGAAGAUGGGCUUUGUUUGGAUUAGGAAAUGCCCUAAAUUUUGGAGACUUUGUCUUUUAUAAGCUUUGAUUAUUUUACCACUGAACCUGCAAGGCUUUCCCCAUCCUUUCUCGGGACUGCUCUCUCAGAACAGUGAAUUCUUUCCAAGGGAUUUGUGGAUUGUGGCGAGGAGAGCUUUCCAAAAUGCCUGAGGCAAACUAUUUGUUAUCUGUAUCUUGGGGUUACAUCAAGUUCAAGAGAAUGCUGAACCGGGAGCUGACACACCUCUCAGAGAUGAGCCGAUCAGGGAACCAGGUUUCUGAAUACAUUUCAAAUACUUUCUUAGACAAACAGAAUGAUGUGGAGAUUCCAUCACCCACCCAGAAGGACAGAGAGAAAAAGAAAAAGCAACAGCUCAUGACGCAGAUAAGCGGAGUGAAAAAACUGAUGCACAGUUCAAGCUUAAACAAUACAAGCAUCUCACGCUUUGGAGUCAACACAGAAAAUGAAGAUCAUCUGGCCAAGGAGCUGGAAGAUCUGAACAAAUGGGGCCUUAACAUCUUCAAUGUGGCUGGAUAUUCACACAAUAGGCCCCUCACAUGCAUCAUGUAUGCCAUAUUCCAGGAAAGAGACCUCCUAAAGACAUUCAAAAUCUCAUCUGAUACAUUUGUAACCUACAUGAUGACUUUAGAAGACCAUUACCAUUCUGAUGUGGCGUAUCAUAACAGCCUACAUGCUGCUGAUGUAGCCCAGUCAACCCAUGUUCUUCUUUCUACGCCAGCAUUAGAUGCUGUCUUCACAGAUUUGGAAAUUCUGGCCGCCAUUUUUGCAGCUGCUAUCCAUGAUGUUGAUCACCCUGGAGUCUCCAACCAGUUUCUCAUCAACACAAAUUCAGAACUUGCUUUGAUGUAUAAUGAUGAAUCUGUGUUGGAAAACCAUCACCUUGCCGUGGGUUUCAAACUGCUGCAAGAAGAACACUGUGAUAUCUUCCAGAAUCUCACCAAGAAGCAACGCCAGACACUCAGGAAAAUGGUUAUCGACAUGGUGUUAGCAACUGAUAUGUCCAAACAUAUGAGCCUGCUGGCAGACCUGAAAACAAUGGUGGAAACAAAGAAAGUUACAAGUUCAGGUGUUCUUCUCCUGGACAACUACACGGAUCGUAUACAGGUCCUUCGCAACAUGGUACACUGUGCAGACCUAAGCAACCCCACCAAGUCCUUGGAAUUAUAUCGGCAGUGGACAGACCGCAUCAUGGAGGAGUUCUUCCAGCAGGGAGACAAAGAGCGGGAGAGGGGAAUGGAGAUUAGCCCAAUGUGUGAUAAGCACACAGCUUCUGUGGAAAAAUCCCAGGUUGGUUUCAUUGACUACAUUGUCCAUCCACUCUGGGAGACCUGGGCAGAUCUGGUGCAGCCUGAUGCCCAGGACAUUCUGGACACGUUAGAAGAUAAUAGAAACUGGUAUCAGAGCAUGAUACCGCAGAGUCCCUCCCCACCACUGGACGAGCAGAACAGAGACUGUCAGGGUCUGAUGGAGAAGUUUCAGUUUGAACUGACCCUUGAAGAGGAGGAUUCCGAAGGCCCUGAAAAAGAGGGAGAGGGUCACGACUAUUUCAGCAGCACAAAGACACUUUGCGUGAUUGAUCCUGAACAUAGGGAAUCACUAGGAGGGACUGAUGUAGACAUUGUGACAGAAGACAAGUCCCCUAUCGACACAUAAUUGCCUUCUCCGUGUGGAGAUGAACGUUCCACCUUUGACAAGCAUGCCAGCUGUAUGGUAGGGCCAGCCCAUCACGGGGGCCUGGGCCUGCACGGGACAAGGGCCAUGUGGCCUUUCCAGUUACUUGAGUUUGGAGCCAGAAUGCGAGACCAUGAAGCAGAUAGCAGUUCAGAAAAUUCCACGGCUGACUUGCCUUGCCUGCAAGCUUAGUGGAGAGCUGAAGCUUUAUCUGGUACUGGAGGCCAAGAUCAGAUCCUGAGUAAAUGGCUUGAAAAUAGAAGACACAAAACUGAGAGAUUUUUCUGCACUAAGUUUUGGGAAUCUGUCCCCUCUGGUGACUGAACUGACUGAUUAAUAACUUCAUUUAUAAAUCUGCUCACCUGUCCCCUUGUCUGCCAACCUGUGUGCCUUUUUUGUAAAACAUUUUCACGUCUUUAAAAUGCCUGUUGAAUACCUAGGGUUUAGUAUCAACUUCUACACAGAUAAGCGUUCAAAGUGGACAUAAACUUUUUUGACUCUUUCUGGGAAAAAAAAAAAAAAGGAAAGCAAAUGGUCUUCCUUCUUUCUUGGGCAAUAUCUUUCACUUUCCUACAGUUACUUUUGCAAAUAGAAAGGACACGCUUCUAACCACAUUCUACUUCCUUCCCUUAUUGUCCCAUUCAGCUUGACGGUUGCCCGUAUAACUUAUCUCUGUUUGCCUGCUUACAGCAGUAUUUUUUCUCCUCUUAGAACUUCACUUCUUGUGCUGCAAACAGAAUAAAGUGAGCAAACUAAGAGGUAGGAAAGGGUAAUUGUGUUGUUCACAGUAAGUCUGUGUAAAAUUCAGCUCCAUUAGGCAGCGCACCAUGUUGUGUCCUGAACCCCUGGGCCGCUGGGUGCUGCACGGUCCCCAUCCUAUCCCCUCCCCCCAUCAGUCUCCACCCAGUUACCCUGUUUUCAAUUGGAUGCUGCCGUCUUUCUCUUGCACUGCCUUCUGCGCUAACACCUCCAUUUCUGUUUAUAACAGUAUAUUUAUUACUUAAUGUAUAUAAUGUAAUGUUUUGUAAGUUAUUAAUUUAUAUAUCUAACAUUGCCUGCCAAUGGUGGUGUUACAUUUGUGUAGAAAACUCUGCCUAAGAGUUGCGACUUUUCUUGUCACGUUUUUGUAUUGUGUAUUAUAUAACCUGGACAUCGCUUAAGAGAGACAUACGACCCCUUCCCCGGUGAGGACAUUCGUGGGCUUUUAUUCAGAAGGUCUGCCCUCUUCCCCAUCUGAGUUGCUAAUACUGCACAACCCCUUUGUGAACCAGUUUUGGAAACAGGAUUCUCACAUUAGAUACUAAAUGGUUUAUACUGAGCUUUUACUUUUGUAUAGUUUGAUAGGGGUAGGGGGCAAUGGGAUGUAGUUUUCACCCAUGUUCUAUCCAAAUCUGUGUAUGCAUGAAUUGGGUUAUAACUGGGUUCUACUAUAAUUGUGGCUUUGGUUUAAACAGUAACACUACAUUUGCUCGCAGGUGGUUCUUCUGAGUGUUCCCAAACUACUGACUUUGAAAGCCUCUUGCCUGCCAUUAAGCAGGAAUGUCAUGUUCCCAUUAAUUACAAAAAAACACAAUAAAACAAUGUGAAUUUUAUAAUAAAAUGUGAACUGAUGUAGUAAGUUAUGCAAAUGUGAAGCUUCCGAUAACACUUGUUAGGCCUCAUACUGACUUCAGUCUCCGUGUGUAAAAUAUAUUUCAUGCUUUCAGUUCAGCAUUGUAACUCACUAGUUAAAGAAAUGGCACAAACGUGCAUGACCGAUGGGUUUGUAUGUCUAUGAACACUGCAUUAUUUCAGGUGGACAUUUUAUUGUUUUCAAAAGUUUCUCACAAUGUAUGUUAUAAUAGUAUUAUUAUUAUUAUAUAUUGUGCUCAAAUGCAUUCGUAAGAGACUUUUAUAUGAAAGUGAAUAAACAAAAGCAUGAUUAGAUUAGA